AUGCGCUUCUCUUUCACCGCCGCCGCUCUGGCUGCCCUCGUUGGCUACUCCUCCGCCCAUACCAUGGUUGUCGACAUCCACGUUAACGGCAAGAAUGCUGGUGAUGGUCGCUCUUUGAAUGGCCAGGGCUCUAAGCAGUACAUCCGCAGCCCCCCCAGCAACGACCCUGUCAAGGACCUCAAGAGCGCCAGCAUCGUCUGCAACGUCAACGGUGGCAAGGCUGCGAAGGACUUUGCCCCUCUUGCCGCUGGUGACAAGGUCGCCUUUGAGUGGUUCCACAACACCCCCGGUGACGAUAUCCUCGACGCUUCCCACAAGGGUCCCGUCAUCACAUACAUCGCUCCCUUCACCGAGGACGCCGGCACUGGCCCCAUCUGGACCAAGAUCGGUGAAGAGGGCUUCUCCAGCGGCAAGUGGGCUACAGAUAAGCUCAUUGCCAACAAGGGUGUGUCCGGAGACGUCACGGUUCCCGCGUCCCUCAAGGCCGGCAAAUACCUCCUCCGCCAGGAGAUCAUUGCCCUUCACGAGGCCGAUACCACCUUCGACGUCAACCCGGCUCGCGGAGCCCAGUUCUACCCCUCCUGCGUCCAGGUCGAGGUCUCUGGUACCGGUUCCGACGCUCCUCCCCAGAAGUUUGACUUCAACACCGGCUACACUUACGCCGACACCGGUAUCAAGUUCAACGUCUACGGCACCGACGGUUCUACUUACAAGAUUCCCGGCCCCGAGGUCUGGACAGGCGGUGCCGGUUCCGGUUCUGACUCUGCCCCUGCGCCUGCGCCUGCCCCCUCUGAUCCCGACACCGGCUGCCAGAGCCGCCGCUCCCUCAAGGAACGCCGCUCUGCUCACUACUAA